AUGGCGUUCGAGCUGCUGACAUCGUUCCCGAGUCGAGAGGAUAUGCGUGUGUUCAUUUAUCAGUGGUUGAAAAGAGAUGGUGCGCCGGGACCAGCACUGUGGACGUAUGUGCAGCUUGCAUGUCGAGAAGCUACAGCAGGAACGAGCGAGUUUCAGCAGUUUGCGGUCGCCAACUUGGCAAAGAUCUGGGAUGUGCUGCUAGACACGCUUGACAGCCGCAACGCGAGAGUGCUGCUGUACGAUUUGACGACGACUUUGGCUGUGUGCGUUGGACUGCAAGUGCUUGGCAGUUUCCCGGUAUUGGAAUCAGAUCGUAUCCGAAUUCUGCAGGGCCUUGAUGCACUUGCGCCAUCCUCGUCGCCACGCUCGAUAAGCCUAGCAUUCAUUAUUGUGGUGCUGUUGUGGCAACCGUUCGCUCCAUCGCUGAGUAAGGCGCCCGGUCAGCGCGAUGAGCACACUAAAAGUGCUGUGACUCUAUCUCAGCAGGUGCUGGUGUCACUGUUCCAUGCACGACAAGCUGGCGCUGGACCGCUGUUUGUGGUAUCAGCGGUGCUGUUCUACACUAAAGCUCCUGCUCUUGUACCUUUCCUCGCGUCGGUGAUUGGUUUUGAUGGAGACACACGCGACUCUUUCUCGACUUCCGCAUCAGGGUGUGGCAUUCAGGUGCAGCUGGCGUUGCGAGCGGAAUACCUCCAUGUGUUUGGGGAUGUCGUGCUUAAGCCUGUCCUGACGGAAAGUCUGCUGGCUCGCGAGGUGCUGGCAUUUCCGCCAGUAGCCCGUAUCUCGGCAUCAGAUGCAGCUAUUGCCACCGACGCGACUGCAGGGUACAAAACCGCUACGAAGCAAGACUUUCACGUGUGCGAAGCCUCGCGCGCGAGUGAUCACCAGGAGAACAAGCAACAGCAGCACAUGGCGGCAAAAGUGCGGGUCAAGCCGUCGCAUGCAUGGAGAGAUGGAGAAGUAGAGAUGGGCGACUUGCCAAGGCCACGUGCAGUGGUAACUGAGGCUGCUGGAGGUUCAAAGCAGACAGAACGUGCUCCGAUGUCCUUUCGGAUUGAACAGUCGAAGGUCCAGUCAGAGCUACACACUGAGCGGCAGACGCUGUUGCGAGCGAAAAAGACACGGUUGCGGGAAAUGGUAGAGACUGAACGAACAGCUGCGUACAAUACGCAGCACGAGCUGCAUGGCAUGCGGGAUGGGCGUCUUGCUCCGGGCAACAUGCCUGUCAAUGAUAUAACGACAGGUGCUGCUGCAUUGGAGAUUGUGGAUGAGUUCAUGAGAAGCCCUCUGAUGGACAAGUUCGGGUGA